AAACAGACCUGUAGGGAAACCUAUGUAGUUUGUAUUUUUCUCAAACCAACACUAUACACCGCUCUACUUUCGAGUAUUGAGCACUUUCUAUGAAAGCCUUCAACCAUCAUUUCAUUUUAAAUCUAUAUUUCUAUAUUAGCGGGAGGCUAAAUCCGACAGCUUGUCUGCCGUACCAGCAACAAUUCAAGCUUAAGGAUGCUGAUCUUCACCGUGACGUCACUUCUGCUAUUGUUAACGCAACCAAUCCGCGUGCAAGGAAUUGGUGAAUGCUCGACCAAUCCGACAGCGCGCUGCCAGGGUGAAGUGUCAUGCCCGGCGUGCAUCACGAUGCUCUGGAACCCUUUUUUACGUAACCCUCCAUAUGUAGAGAGACCGGAUAAUACGACCUUCGAGGGAAUCAUGCACUUAAUCUUCAUGUCAAUGCUGCACCACUGUUGUGGCAUCAACCCGUAUAACCCGAUGAGCUGUGGAGAACUCCAGCACAAAACAUACGAGAUCGGCGACGUCAAACCCGCGUCCGAUAUCGAGAUGCCAGUCAUUGUGAACUUCAAGGAGUCGGGGUUGCGCUCACAGAAGAAGGUCGUCCCCAUGUUGCCCCACACGGGCGUGGCAUUUGUCGUGCGACGGGACAGGGUAGAGGGGGACUACUCCAUUCAGCUUCUCACUUCCGUGUUUUCCGCCUGGCCCGUACUCAUCCUAACUCUCCUGCUGUCUGUUUUGGCCGGGAUGAUCGCCUGGGCUCUGGACACAAGCAAGAACCCUAAAGAUUUCCCGAGAUCCUUUGUUCAUGGGGCAUGUGAGGGAUUUUGGUGGGCCUUCGUAUCCAUGACAACGGUCGGGUAUGGUGACCGCUGUCCCAAGAGCAUCCAAGGUCGCGCUUUCGCCGUCAUCUGGAUUCUUGUCGGCAUUUGUAUAAUCUCCAUUUUUACUGCUACUCUCACGACAUCUCUUACAACCAUCUCCUUGGACAACAAAAUCAGUUUACCUGGUUCGAAGGUUGCUGCGCUCGUUCACUCUAUUGAUGCUAUCACUGGGUUCCAAGCUCAAGCCGAUGUUAAAAGAUUCCAUACUUUCGAAGGGGUUAGAGCGGCAAUGGACAAUGAUGAAGUAGUGGGCGCGUUACUUGACAGCUACAUGAUCGCCAAGCACAAAAAGUCCCUCCCUGACGCUAAGUACAAAGUCCAAGAGGUGAUCCACCAAGAGAGUCUAGAGUAUGGCGCCCACGUAAACGACAGCGGUCUUUCCCAGUGCCUCACGAACUUCCGGUAUUCCAAGGAGUCUAUGCUCUACGAAAUCGUGGAGAUCCUGCUAGAGAAACCACUGGCGAGUGGAGUACGCGAAGGCUCGGGUACCUCGGAUAACGACAAGCUCUUUGAUCCUGAUGGCGAGAUGUUCUCGCGCACGCUAUACGUCUGUUUCGGCGUUGUUGGUCUCUGCCUGUUGGCUGGUUUCACCUACGAGUUAUACAGAUACAAGGGUGGAUGCCGAUUCAGGAGGGUUCCCGAAAACGACGCCAAGAUGUCGCUGACGCCACACAGACCUCCCUUCCACAGCGAGCAGCGGGACGCGAUGUUUGACGAGAUGGAGCGGAGACUGACGGAAGAGCUGCACCGGGCGAUAGCGGGAUGGCGUACUAAGAUGUGUCAGAGGGACAGUGUACUUAAAACGGACGAAGUGCUCUCGUCUGUAUGAUGGACGUGUAACCGUGACAACAGCAGCGUGGUCGUCAGGCUAGCGCAUCAACAACAGGAUGUAGUGUGGGCGCUAAAGGGCGGGAUAUUGAUAGGGAAUGCUUGUUUGUGUGCGGAGAAGCUGAUUGAUGAUGAUGAUGAUGAUGAUGAUGAUGAUGAUGAUGACGAUGAUGAUGAUGAUGAUGAUGAUGAUGAUGAGUUCACGAUGGCGAUGGUUGUGUGUGAUCGUGAUGGUGAUUAUGUGUUAAUUGCGAUGAUCUAAGUGAUGGUGAUGAUGAUGUUGAUUUUGAUGAUAGUGAUGUUUGUUGUAUUAAUAAUAGUGAUGAUGAUGUUGAUAGUGGUGAUGAUAGUGGUGAUGAU